AAUUUGAAAUCAUUUUCACACGAGCAGCCGAAGAGAACAGACCUGACGCAAUCAUAAGAUGAAGAUUAUACUAACGUUGGCCGGGGUCUUGGCCCUUGCUGUCUCCACACCGACCCCUGCCCAAUCCAAGGUGGUCUGUUACUAUGACAGCAAGAGCUAUGUACGAGAAUCUCAAGCACGUAUGCUGCCAUUGGACCUGGAUCCAGCGCUGUCCUUCUGCACACACCUUGUAUAUGGAUAUGCCGGAAUCCAACCUGACACUUACAAGAUGGUGCCACUGAACGAAAACCUUGAUGUAGACCGCUCCCAUGCGAACUAUCGAGCUAUCACAAACUUUAGAAGCAAAUACCCCGGACUCAAAGUUCUCCUCUCGGUUGGAGGAGAUGCUGAUCUAGAAGAGGAACAGAAAUACAAUCUACUGCUGGAAUCGCCACAAGCAAGAACUGCUUUUGUCAACUCGGGCAUGUUGUUAGCCGAACAACACGGUUUCGAUGGUAUCGAUCUUGCCUGGCAAUUCGCCCGUAUCAAGCCGAAAAAAGUUAGAUCUACAUGGGGUUCCAUUUGGCACGGCAUCAAAAAAACUUUCGGCACCACUCUCGUGGAUGAUAAAGAGGCAGAACACCGCGAAGGUUACACUGCUUUAGUGAGAGAAAUGAAACAAGCUAUGAGUCUCAAGCAAAUGCAGCUAUCUAUCUCUGUGCUACCCAAUGUCAAUUCUUCAAUUUACUAUGACGUCCCCGCCAUCAUAAACUUAGUAGAUAUUGUAAAUCUACACGCUUUUGACUACUAUACUGCAGCUAGAAAUCCUAAAGAAGCUGACUACAGCGCACCUACAUACAAGCCUCAAAACCGUAAUGACCUUCUCAACGUAGACGCGGCCAUUUCUUACUGGUUAACAGGAGGAGCACCCAGUUCCAAAAUCGUCGUAGGAAUUGCCACCUAUGCCCGAACAUGGAAACUGGACUCUGACAGUGAGAUAAGUGGCGUCCCACCGCUUCACACCGACGGCCCUGGAGAAGCAGGACCUUACACAAAAACUGAAGGUCUUCUCAGCUACCCAGAAGUAUGCGCGAAGUUGAUAAAUCCCAACCACCAAAAGGGGAUGAGACCACAUUUGAGGAAGGUCACAGAUCCAAGCAAACGUUUCGGGACUUAUGCUUUCCGUCUUCCUGACGACAACGGUGAUCCAGGUUUGUGGGUGAGCUACGAAGACCCAGACACAGCUGGACAGAAGGCCAGCUACGUUAAGUCCAAGAACUUGGGCGGCGUUUCCAUUGUCGACCUAUCAAUGGAUGACUUCCGCGGCUUGUGCACCGGUGACAAGUAUCCGAUUCUUCGGGCGGCGAAAUACCGACUGUAAACCAAUAUUUAAGUUACUAAAUAGUCAUACAAUAUUAAUAAUUCUGAGCAAGCUUCAACCUCUAUCUAUGUGUAAAGAUAAACUUGUCCGUGAACGUAAGAGGAAAUGCGUUAUACCUAUUUCGAGUUAAGAAAAUAAAAUUCACUGUAUUUGGAAUGUUUGCAUGUUAGUUUUAAGAAGUUGUAUAUCCGAUUGAAAUUUUGUAUAUCUUAAUACUAAUAAAACUUUAACUCAAGAACUCCGCACAGUUCGUGAUAAAUAAUUUCGAUAAUAUUGUUUUCUAUAUUUAUCAAACUAAUUUAAUGAAUGAUAACGGUCUUUUUAAAGUUCUCUGUUGAGCAUUUGAGCGCUGGCACAGAGUUUAUAAAUCAAGUAAAUUUUGUGUAAUAAAUAAUAUUUCUUAAGUGA